UUACCUUGGUCUUCACAGUUCUACUGACGCCCUAUAAGUCUCUCGGCCAGAGUUUGCAGAUGUGCGCAGACGGAGUUGCCAGUUUGACAGGACUUGCUGGUAUUGUUGAUGCGUUGAUGACGCCACGCAACAGAUUUUCCGGCUUUACCAUGGCUUUCCUUGUAUUCGACCUCGCUGCCUUUGGCCUUUCGUUUACAUCUCUAUCUGUGAUCGUCGUUCGUAUUUCCACAAACGUAGGGAUGCCACUGGAUGGUGACAAGUCUAAUUCGAAUACAGACUCUGUAAGCUAUAACUGGAUCGUGUUACUCCUUAACAUCAGUGAGGUAUUGGCAGACUUCAUCCUGGUACUGCUUAACUGCCACUUUUAUUCAACUUUGUAUCCGAGGGUGCACAGCUGUUUCCAAAUAGAGACAAUCGACGACGUAGGAAACAAUGAUGAAAUCGAGAUGCGUGACAUGGUCCAGCAGUGGGUCGCCCGACACAGCGAGAUGCCGGGUAUUCAACCGCCUUGCUUGGAACGUAUAUAUUAUCAACAAAUAAAGGACGCGAAAUAUAGCACACUCUUCAACAACAAAACAAGAUAAAUAUAAUUAAACAAUGCCCGUUUGUCUUCUUUACUAGUAGACUUUUAUGAGGGGUCGAAGCAAAUAUGGUAAUCUAGGUGCUCCAAUUUUAUCUGAAGAUCAUGAACUUCCAAGUGCUGAAUGGUUUACACAGUUUCUAGAUCACUUUGAUCCAACUGAUGCGCGUGUUUGGCAACAGGUAA